AUGCAGACGAGGCGGAAGCCGUUUCACAAGCCGGUCGUGGUGAAGAAUAAGCCCGCCGUUGAUCAAGUCACGGGUGAGAAGAUCCCGAAGAGCUUCGUCUUCGCCCGCGGCAACUUACCCGGACCCCUCAAGCAGCUGAAGCUCGACCUGCGUAAGCUGAUGGCCCCCCACACCGCCCUCAAGUUGAAGGUCCGCAACUGUGCCUUGAAUCCUUAUUUUCUUGCUUUUGCAUGCCCGUAUCAUACGCAUUUCAACUGCCUCCGCGGCCUUAUGGAGUAAAUUAUGUUGACCAAUUCUUUCUUGGGAUUUAAUAUCAUUGGUCUGCUGAUCUUUUCUUUUCCUGGUUUAAUUCUCCCUCUGUGCGGGGUCUAUGAAACUGAAUCUGAGAGCUCGUUUAUUUUAACAAGUUUCUUCUUGCUGUUCCGAUAUUUAUAGAUUUAUGCGGGUUAAUUAUUUUACGUGGUUCACGAUGGCAGGAAAAGAAGCGGAAUAAUCUGAAGGAUUUUUUGAAUGUUGCUGGACCUAUGGGUGUCACUCACUUUUUGAUGUUGGCAAAAACUGCAAGUUCUCCUUACUUACGUCUUGCCAGGACUCCUCAAGGCCCAACAUUGUCAUUCAAAAUACACGAGUAUGCGUUGGCCUCUGACAUUGCUCGAUCCCAAGCGCGUCCCAGGUGUCCUCCUGACUUGUUCAAGAACUCCCCAUUGGUAAUCUUCUGUGGCUUAUAAGUUUCCUAAGCCUCGUGAUGUAGUCUAUCGCUCUUCAAUAGCUCCUUUAAAAAUUUCAUGAUGUCGUCUUGUACUUCUAUUAACUUUAUGAAAAGUUAAGGACUUUUCAUAUUUUCACAUAUUUAUGGAGAGGUUUGGGAUGAAAGCUCACGUUUGGAGUUCUUAUUUACAGAUCGUACUCUCUGGUUUUGGGUCUGGAGGACAACACUUGAAGCUCACAACCAUCAUGUUUCAGAAUAUAUUUCCUGCCAUCGAUAUUAACACUGUCAGUACUCUACAUAUUUUUUCUAUAAAUAACAUAUCAGGUGCAGCUUUUUCCAUUUAUCUUUCUUGCACAAACUCAUUCAUAUUGUGUUUUUCCCUUCUGUCUUGAAUCUCAGGUCAAUCUCUCCACCUGCAAGCGGAUAGUGUUGCUAAAUUAUGACAAAGACACAAAGCUGAUUGACUUUCGUCAUUACUCGAUUCGCUUGCAACCUGUCGGUGUUACUCGUAGGAUCAGAAAAUUUGUUCAAAGCCAUCAAGUGCCAGACUUGAGAAAUCUUCAAGAUGUUAGCGAAUUUAUCACCAAGUAAGUCUUUAUUUACCACGAACUGCUUAGUAGAUUCCUCUCCCUAGGUAUACAUUUCAUGAAUAAUGGAGACAAAACUUAAGGGAAUACCACAAUGCUUUCUGUGAUUUAAUUUCGCAUCCGUUUUUUGAGAACUUGUGAUUCUUAAAUGUUGUCACAUUUUAUUCUAUAGAAGCAUGCUUGGCCUUUGUAAGGUCGACACAUCCAUGUCAUGUAUGAUGAAAGAAAUUCAUAGUGUUUUCUAAGAAUCUCUCUCUCUCUCUCUCUCUCUCUCUCUCUCUCUCUCUCUCUCUCUCUCUCUCUCUCUCUCUCUCUCUCUCUCUCUCUCUCUCUCUCUCUCGCUAGUUAUAUUACCACAUGGAGCAUGGAUCCCAGAUGUUGGUCUACUGUGUGUCUGGAAGUUCAGAACGUUUACAUGGGAAAAGAACUUGAACUUAUCAUCGUGAAUAAGAAUAUGCCGCUGGGGACUAAAUCUGCAUUUAAUGGGGAAUUCCACAGGGUUCUCUCUCUCUCUACAGCCUAGAUGAAUUACAAUAGUGAAUAGUUUCAUUUCAUUUUUCGUUAAUCGAGUCGUCUUCUAGGUAUCCUUAGAGUAGAGAUAUCUCAAAUAGCCACCAUGCAUACCCUUAAGAUGGUGUAACCUCACUGAUUAUCCUGCUAUUUUUCACAUUUAUUUUAGUCGGUUUGUUACGUAGUAAAGAUCAUGAUUCUGUUUUAUAAACUUGACGUUAAACUUCUGGUCUAGUUUGGACGCUUAAAACACAAGAAGAAAUUUGGAAAUUAAAUCUUAAAGCAUUUGUCCGUUUUUUACUUCAUAGAAAAAAUACUAGCAAAAUAUUACCACUACCUUCUUGCUGGUGCCUUGAAUGGAGAUUAGGUAGAUGUACUGUCUAGGUACCUUCAAUGGAGGUUGGGUGCCUCAAGAUAGUUUAGCCAUGAUAACCGUCAUUAAGCAGAACAAUCCUUUCUGUUGUGGAAAGGAUGUGGGUUCAGGAGAAGCAUCAAUAUUUCGGAUGAUGAAACCCAACCCUACUCAUCACCGUAGAAAUUCUAUAUCCGAACAGGUGUUUGAAGAUUUCCUAUCUUCAGGACGUAAACAUGCAAUAUAUUUUACUGUUAUUUUGGGGAAAACAUAAAUGAUAUUUAUUUCCUUAUGACAUGGUCUGUUCAGUAUUUGAUUCGAGAUGCAAGUGGAGAUAGAUUGUGAUCCUGUUGACGUUGCUGACAAGGACUCAGUGGCUAUGUAAACGGUAGUGCUGACCCGUUCUUGAAAAUUGUAUCUUCAUAACUCUUGAUCCUAACUUAUUGGACCUAAGCUCGCCAUGCUAUAGUUUUUGAGGCUAUGGCCGAGUAAGCACCCGAGCCAAUUGAACAAGGCAACACGCAAAUGCAAACUAAGAUUGGGUGGACAUCACAUGAGUUUACAGGGCUCUUUCUCAACACAAAUCUACUUUGAAUGUGUUCGGAAGGCUGACAAAUAAUCUAUUGAAUGAAUUAUUUUUAUUAAAAAAUGAUUUCAAAUUUUCUAAAACAGGAGCACUCUGUUUUAAUUCAUGUCUGUAAGAAUGUCACACUCGGACCCAUGAGUAUUAAUUUUAUAUGGUUUUAUUAUUACGUAUGCAGACUAAAUUCACAUUUUUUUGUAGCUUAGCUUAUUUAAUGAUGAAUUUACCUUAUGUAAGUUUUAUUAUUAAUUUGAGAUUUAGACCUCGGCUAGCACCAGACACUACACCUCGUCCCUUACAGCUGCCGAGUUGCUGCUUCUCGCUUUGGGAAAGCUGUUGACUGUUCCAGUGUUCUGCAGGGACCAAUUUCAUUCAUUCAUCAAGGAUUUUGAAGUAUAUAUUAGGAUGUUGGUAGUAAUAGGUCAAACCGUAUCAUACUUAUAAUGUUCUUUUCUGUACGUAAUCUGAAAUUUUUUCAAGGUAGUAGAUGAAAGGAGCCACCCCUCUACAAGUAGCCGGACUGUUCUCUGAAUCCCAGCCUUUAAUUUGGAAGGAUACGAUUGACGUUCCCGUUUCCAUCUGAAGAACCGCAUGCUUUUUUUUUUCUUUUUUUUUUCACUCUCCAAUUCACACGAAAUUGCAUCAUGGAUAGCCUGCUGACCAGGUUUCCUCGAUGUUGUUAAUCCCUGAAGGGCUGGUUAUGGGUCGGAGAGUGAGGCAGAUGAUGAAGCGGCGACCGUGAGUUUGGCAAGUGAUGUCGGCCGAGUCAACCGCGCCUCAAACCGAAGCGCCAUCAAGCUUCAGGAGAUCGGACCCAGAAUGACACUGCAACUGAUCAAAGUCGAGGAAGGCUUAUGCUCCGGCUCUGUCAUAUUCAACGAGUAUGGUAAGUCAAACUCCUGAUUUCAGCCCCGAUAAUGCAAUAUCCUAAAUACUUCAUUCAGCAAAAUCCAGUAUUCUCCUUUUCUUUUCUUUUUUUCUGAAGAGCAUAUGAAAACCUCCCUCCAAUUUUGGAAAUAUUUCUUCUCCAAGUCAGCUCUAACGCAUCUACCCUUCCUUUCUUCCCCAGAGAAAGAAUCUACAGAAGGGGAUCAGGAAGACGAUGGGGAGCCCACAUCCCAGUGA